UCCGCGAACGGUCUCUUGUUUACGUUUGGGGAGACUUGGUGAGGACGGAGGUUGUCGCCAGGGAGUUUGAUUCUACGGUUGUGCCUAUUCCACAAUGGGAGGUGGAGAUCUUAAUUUGAAAAAGUCAUGGCAUCCAAGCACUUUGAAGAACCAGGAGCGAGUAUGGAAGGCAGAACAGCAGAAAGCAGAAGAGGACCGCAAAAUGGCAGAAUUGCAGCGGGAACUAAAGGAAGAAAGAGAAAGAGAAUUCCUCCAAAGAACAGCAGAAGAAUCUGGAGCCGUGGAAAAGAAGGGGGAUGCUAAACUAGAUUGGAUGUAUAAGGGCCCUGGUGGACAUGUGAGUCGUGAAGAGUACCUGCUCGGACGCAAGAUUGACACUGCCUUUGAGCAGAUGGUAAAGAUGGAAAAUGAGGAGGGAAGGGAAGACAUGGGCAGUGCGAAUGAAGCCCCACAGAGCAGCAAACCUGCUUACACAAUAGAGCACGAGAUCAACCCAGAGUCAGUAGUGCGUCGGGAUGGAAACAUGCAGGUAGACAUGAAAAGGAAACUUAUGGAAGAUCCUCUUCUGCUGAUCCGCCAGAAUGAAGAAGCCACCAGACGUCAAAUUACAGACAAUCCAGUCAAGAUGAAACAACUUCAGCAACUUAUAUCAGCAAUAAAGACGAAGAAAAAGAAAAGGUCCUCAAGCAGUAGCUCUAGCAGUGAGAGCAGCAGCAGCAGUAGUGAUUCAUCCGAUUCAGAAUAUGAGAAAAGGAAGAAGGAAAAGAGAAAGAAACGGAAAGAUAAGAAGAAGAAGAAAAAGAAAAGCAAAAAGAAGAAAGCUAGUGAAAGUGAAACCAGUGAUAGCUCAGAUGAGGAAAGGAAAAGAAAACUGAAGAAAAAGGAAAAGAAAGCUAAAAAGAAUUCUGAAAAGAAGAAAUCCAAGAAGAAGGAAGAAUCAGAAAGUGAACAAGAUACAAGUACUAGACAUAAUAGGUAUUCAGACAGAGAAGGAAUUCAGACCUCAAUGCAAAAAGGCUUUGGAAGAAGCACUGAGAAGGAGCACAGUCCAGACAGAGGAUCCAGGAAGUCCUUUAAACACCGAGAUACUGGGAGAGGAGAUGGUUAUGUGGAAAGGAACAGAGAACUGGACAGAGAUAGAGAGGAGAUGAGGAGAGUGAGCAGGGAUAGAAGAAGAGAAAGAAGCAAUGACUUUGCAUCAGACCGACGAGGCAGAAGCAGAGAUAGGAGCAGGGAGAGAGGAAGAAGGGAUGAUAGAUACAGAAAGUCCAGAGGCCAUAGCAGAAGCAGGAGCAGGAGCAGAAGUAGGGAUAGAAACAGUAGAGACCAGGAAAGGUCAAGAGAUGGAGCAUCAAACGGGCAUCAUAGAUACGGGGGCAAGCCGAAGCUGACUGCCAAAGAAAUGGAAAAGAAAAGACAAGAGAUGAUGGAUGCUGCAAGGAAGCGAGAUCAGGACAGGAAGGAUAACAUCCAGCGCUAUGAGGAAGAGCGGAAGAAAGAGGAAGAGAUGGAGGAAAAUGCAGAAAAGUUUUUAAAAAGCCAUGUGCUGAGUGCAUCAAGCAGUUCCAUCCAGGACCGAGUGAAGUCACGCAUUGGGUCACUUCAGAAAGGUGGAGGCCACAUGGAUUCCAAUUUUUUGCGUAAGUAAAAUAACUUAGACGACAAAUAACAUAUUUUUUAUUGUUUGGAGCAAUAAAAAGUUACAGCAGAUUUUGCUAGAUUGUGACUAUACUGGAAGGUUAUUUAGGUAUAUUGUCUAGAUGCACUAGAUUUAAGAUUAGAUUUUUUAUUUUGCUCCUUAUGAUGUUCAAAAGAAUUUUCAAUAUUAUUUGAAACUUGGCCAUUCUUAUUGUCAAUUUUACUGACUUUGUUCAUCAUUUUUAUUUUUCCUAAAAGUAUUUGUAUGUAUCCAAUAAAAAAGGAACAUGAGAC